GAACCUUUGCCCGUUUCAGUGCGCUUUGAUAAUUCUUCUGGUUACUAAAACCAUAUGGCGAAGUCAACGAUGAAACGAAAAAGAGAAACAGAUCCCAACACCCGGGAUGGGUCAUCCGAUUCCAAGGCCGCCAAACGACUCCAGGAGCAAGACCGCAUCGAUCAAUUAGCCCAAGGGAUUAUUGAGUCUCGAGAAAACUAUAAUGAUCUCAUUGAACUGUUAGCAGCGGCUGAACGAAGCGAACAAGGCAAAGGAGGCCUUCAACGUCAUGCAGUCGCAAGUCUAUUCGGAGUCUUCUCGCAUCUGAUCGAGUCAGGAAACUUCAAAAAGAGCAAAGGAACGCCACAGAAGGAGGUUGUUAUUGUGGAAUGGCUCCGAGAGAGACUUGUAGAGUUCACGGAGGCCCUUCUCCAGCAGUUGCCUGGCAAUGAAAACUCUUAUCUUCCUGUCCUUAUUGGCCUGGCUCGUGUCGAGACGCAGCACGCUUCGCCAGAGGCAUUAUGGCAGGAUGGAAUUUUCGCUCGAACAGUACGAAAGUUGUCAUUAUCGGGAGAGGAUUUUGCGAAUGCUCGGACCGUGUUUGUCGGAGACUACAUCAAAGGCUACCGGGACAGCCCAUUCCAUCUCUUCAAAGUGGCAAGAAAGCUGUUAAAGCAGCGACGCGGGGAUACCGAAGCAGAUCUUCUACGAUCCAAUCUGCUCCAUACCCUGAUCGAUACCGAGCCUGUUCCGCAAAUUUUGGAAUCGGAGAACUUCCUAUUUGCGCAGGACGGAAAGCGAGCGCGUUUGGCCGGUUCUGAGCAGGAGCUGAAACGGGAGGGUCAAGAGCUGUGGCUCGAUUUGUUCAAGACGGGACUAUCGAAGCCUCAGCAGAAACUGGUGCUCUCAAAAACAGCAGAACUCGUGGCGCCAUGUUUCUCGAAGCCAGAACUCCUUCUCGACUUCCUUACUGAUUCCUACAAUACUGGAGGCUCGGUAUCCCUUCUUGCUCUGUCGGGGGUCUACUACCUAAUCCAAGAGCGAAACCUCGAGUACCCUUCCUUCUUCCAGAAACUCUACAGUCUCCUCGACGAUGACCUUCUCCACUCGAAACAUCGAUCCAGGUUCUUCCGCCUUCUCGAGACAUUUCUGUCAUCCACUCACUUACCGUCCGCUCUCCUUGCCAGCUUUAUGAAGAAACUGUCGCGGUUGGCUCUCCAUGGCCCCCCCGGAGGUGUCGUGAUCGUGAUCCCGCUGGUGUAUAACUUGCUGAGAAAGAAUCCGUCGACUACCUUCAUGAUCCAUCGAGAGACCAGGGAUCCGGAAGCACGAGAAGAGAUCGAAAACGAAGGGAUGGAUGAUCCGUUCGACGAUGCGGAGACAGACCCAUUAGAUACACGUGCCAUAGACAGCUGUCUCUGGGAGCUGGACGCCCUGACGACGCAUUAUCACCCAAACGUAGCAACGGUCGCCAAAAUCAUCGCCCAAGAGUUCCGCAAGGAAGCGUAUAGCCUUGAGGACUUCUUGGACUAUUCAUAUGCAUCGAUUAUUGAAAGCGAACUAUCCAAAGAGAUGAAGAAUGUCCCGGUAGUCGAGUAUGAGAUACCCAAGAGGAUUUUCACUGGCGAAGGCGUGGGCGAGUUGAAUAAUCUGGGACAGUUGAUGAAUAGCAUUCUAGCACAAUAGCCAGCACUAGCACAAUAGGUAGCAAGCACAACAAUAAGCCAACUAUAGUUUCACAAUUGUAUUAUUAUUCAUCUGG